UCCAUCCGCCAUUCCCCCCCCUCCCCCGCCUCCCCUCUCUUCGUUCGUUCUUUCGCUCAAGUGAGGAUUGCGAUUCGCGUGUUUAAAAAUCGGUUAUUCACGCGUGUGAUUUCUCUCUCCGAUUAUCUUUCUCCGUUGGUGAUCCAUCGGUGAUCCGUUUCCUCUCCUGUUUGGUGCAGGUUUUUUUAACCAGGAGGAGAUGUUGCCGGGAGCAGAGGGCAAGGGUUACUUCGCAAUCACUUUUUCGUGAUGAAUAUUGAACAAAAGUGAGUGAAGUGAUCAAAGAGAAUCAAGAAAAUCGUUGAGAAGAAUGUCGAGGAAAUCAGAGGGGGUGGAUGAACGCCCCAUGGAUCCGGGGCUCAAACUUGGUGCCACUUGAAUGCAAAAGAAAAAGUACAAAUGAGCAGUACGCGGGAUGGGCAAAUCUUGGCUUUGGGCCCUGUUUCCUGCGACGAUGACGAUGAUGGCGUACGCCACUGUAACGACGGCUACCUCGACCUCGGUACCGUCCCUCUCUACGAUCACCAGCACCGAGAUUCUCGAUACGAAAAGGACGGAUAUCGAAGAAGCUCUGGACGUGAUAGAAGCGGCAUCAACCGGAUCACUGGGUGAAGAUUGUGCCACGACAGCUGGUUUUAAAUCUUUACCAGCUGCCGUAGCACUUGAUCCUCGACGUUACGAUACCGCACGUCAAAAAGCUGACAUGACAGCCCUGAUGCUCCAAAAUCUUGGCACUGUGGGAGUAUCAAGGCAUAAUACGCUUUUAGAUGUGCUAGCAAAGUCGUUACUGAUGUCAGUGAACGACGCCGUGGAGACAAGGGUGAUCGCACUAAACGCGUCCACGGGUGCAGUAAUUAGCGCAGUCUGGUUGGAAAGAAGCCCGGGAAGUGUCGGAGAACCAUUCAAGGUCGAGAACCAUGGACUCCAGCCGGGAUCUAUACCGGAUUCUAAUUUACCGUGGUUCGAAAAUGCGGGUGCCAGUACAGAAUUAAGGUCACCGAAAUUCAUGCAGUCACCGGCGAUUGAAUCCUACAGGGGUUGGUGGACCAUCCCGUAUUUCUCCUGCAAAAGUCAUCGAUGGUUGAUUUCGUACAGUGUUAACAUACGACCGCCAGACGCUCGUCACGGGGUUCGUGAAUUUUUAAGCGUAGAUAUCGAUAUCAGCGGGCUAGAAGUGAAUCAAUGUGAUCCAUCGCCGCAUAGCAAUGAGAAUGAAAUUCUAAGUAAUCAGAUAGCAUCUUUUAAAGGCACGCACAAAUGUCAUACCGAUACCACUCAGUGUGAAUAUCAAAGUCCGAGCAAUCGUAUAAAUCAAAAUGGCGUUGGUGCUGGUUGGGCAAAGGGUGCAUAUAUAUGUAAAUGUCGAAAAGGUUAUUACGACAAGAACCAACAUCAAUCCGCUUUCAAUGGAAUCCUCGUCGAAACCGCCUGGAAGGAAAUGCAAAAAAACAUAAGCGAUUGGUACAUGACCAUGUUUCGUUGCUUACGUUGUGCCCCCGGAUGCGUUAAGUGUAAGGGGCCGGAACCUUGCCUGGCCACCUACAACUGGCCCUUCCGAAUCGCUCUUUUAUCGUUCUCUAUUUUCUGUGUGUUUGGUACUAUCAUCCUAGUCGUCUACAUGUAUCAACACCGUAAACUCAAAGUGUUCAAAGUUGCUUCACCGAUAUUUUUGUCUAUCACGCUUUUGGGUUGCGCCAUCAUGUAUCUUGAAAUGGCCGCAAUAUUUCCGGUUUUGGACAUGUAUUCUUGUAUCGCGACCAAAUGGACGAGACAUCUUGGUUUUUGUAUUUCUUAUACCGCAUUGCUGAUGAAAACCUGGAGAGUUUCUCUCACAUACCGUGUAAAAAGCGCGCACAAAGUAAAGCUCACAGACAAACAAUUGCUGCAAUGGAUGGUCCCGAUAUUGUUAGUAAUGUUAAUUUAUCUGGGCACGUGGACGCUCAGCGCGCCACCAUACGCUGAAGAGAUAGCCGACAAUUAUGGUCUGAAGUUCAAUCAAUGCUCCUUCAAUUGGUGGGACCAUAGUUUAGCUAUCGGAGAAAUUCUGUUCCUUGCAUGGGGCAUUAAAGUUUGUUACAACGUUCGCAAUGCAGAAAGUCUUUUUAAUGAGGCGCGUUUGAUAAGCUAUGCUAUUUACAAUAUAGCAGCUGUGAAUAUAACCAUGAUCGCCAUUCAUCUCUUCAUUUUCCCUCAUGCUGGCCCAGAUAUCAAAUAUUUAUUAGGCUUUCUACGUACACAAUUGUCUACUUCUGUCACUGUGUUUCUUGUAUUUGCGCCCAAGGUGAUUCGAGUUUUACGUGGUCAAGGAGAUCAAUGGGACAGCCGUGCUAGAGCCCGAGGUGUCACAGCGAGUUUCUCUUUAAAUGGAAUCGGUUUAGUAUCCGAGGAAGCGACAGAUUUGCACCAAGAAAACGAAGAACUGAAGGAAGAAAUUCAGAAAUUAGCAGCACAGAUAGAAUUUAUGAAAAUAGUACAUAUGGAAAUGUACAAUCGUCACAUCAAACCGAAAGCAGGUGGCUACUUUAGCACCCAUGGACACGGGCAUAGUCAUCCGUCCUCGGCGCAGAGUCCAAUUGCCAAAAGUUCGACGGCCAGUUUUAUAUUGAAACAGACGGCCGUGGAGCGAGGUGCGAGUGCGGCCGCGGCUGCCGCGGUCGAAGAUUCCACUUUUCCUUCUGGAAGUUUGCACAGAGCGCGUAGAAUGGAAAUACUUAGAGAGCGUAAGGCGGAAAGGGGCAGAGAACGAGAGAAAGAGCGGGAGAAGGAGAGAGAGAAGGAACAAGAGAAAUAUAUGGAGAAGGAUAAGGAGAGAGAGAAGGAGAAGGAAAGUGGAAAGGAAAAGGAGAUUGAAAAAGAGAAAGAAACAGAAAUGGAGAAAGAGAAGAGCAAGGAAAGGCAAAGAGAGAAAGAAAAGCAGGAUAAAAAGCAAGAUGAUAAUGGUGAAGCGAGUGGAGAAGUUUGACUAGUACUGAAUAGCGAUGAGAUAUGGUUGUGACAAAUUCGAAGGAUUGAGAAAAAUAAGAAAUGAGUGGAAAAUAUGGUAGUGAAAAUAGAAAA